UCAAUUUGAUUGGUGGAUAUAGCGUGACGUUGGAUUACACACACAAAUGAAGCAGAGCCCCUUCUUGCGUUGUCACACGUGGCAUUUAGAACGACCACUAUCACACACUCAACACACGAAGCUAGGGAUCGAGCUUCAUUAGAUAUAACAUCCAUGGCUGUGUUUUCUGCAAUUGCUCCCUCAGCCACUUGCAUCAAUGGAAAUCUCACCCGCAACAACAAUACCAGCUUCCUGUCCUCUAAACAUUUCUCCGACUACAUCUCUCCGGCGCGGUCCAGAACCUCCACGAUAGUUAACAUGGCGCCCAAGAAGAAGGUGAACAAAAUCGACGGAGGGUGGAAGAAGCAGUGGUUCGGAGCCGGAAUAUUCUAUGAAGGGUCGGAAGAGAUAGAAGUGGACGUGUUCAAGAAGCUCGAGAAGCGCAAGGUCCUGAGUAACGUCGAAAAAGCUGGGCUUUUGACCAAGGCGGAGGAACUUGGGCUGACACUCUCAUCUAUUGAGAAAUUGGGCCUUCUAUCAAAGGCCGAGGAUUUGGGCCUGCUCAGCCUGCUUGAGACGGUCGCAGGCUACUCUCCCGCCACUUUGGCCUCCGCAGCUCUGCCGGUUCUGGUUGCGGCACUGGCGGCCAUAGUGUUAAUACCGGAUGACUCGGCAGCAUUGGUGGUGGUGCAGUUUGUGGUGGCUGGUGCGCUUGGGGCUGGGGCUGUGGGUUUGUUAGUGGGCUCGAUUGCCUUGGAUGGCUUGCAAGAAGCUGAUUAA